CCGGCCGGUGUUUCAGGCCCUUUAAGAGGCGACGCCGGAGCCGGAGCCAUUUUCCCCCCUUCGGCCGCGGCGAGGAGGAGCUGGAGCGGGAGUGACACUGAGCCGGACCCAGCGCGACCUGCGGCGGCUCCGGGUGACUCGGGCCAGUGUAGAGGGCCCCAGGCCGCCGGCAGGAGCAGCUGGGCCAAUUCCCUGGCCGGGAGCGGAAGGGGAUGGCGUCGGGCCUGGGCUCCCCGUCCCCCUGCUCGGCGGGCAGUGAGGAGGAGGAUAUGGAUGCACUUUUGAACAACAGCCUGCCCCCACCCCACCCAGAAAAUGAAGAGGACCCAGAAGAGGAUUUGUCAGAAACAGAGACUCCAAAGCUCAAGAAGAAGAAAAAGCCUAAGAAACCUCGGGACCCUAAAAUCCCUAAGAGCAAGCGCCAAAAAAAGGAGCUGGGGGACAGCUCUGGGGAGGGGCCAGAGUUUGUGGAGGAGGAGGAAGAGGUGGCUCUGCGCUCAGACAGUGAGGGCAGCGACUAUACCCCUGGUAAGAAGAAGAAGAAGAAGCUUGGACCUAAGAAAGAGAAGAAGAGCAAAUCCAAGCGGAAGGAGGAGGAGGAGGAGGAUGACGAUGAUGAUGAUUCAAAGGAGCCUAAAUCAUCUGCUCAGCUCCUGGAAGACUGGGGCAUGGAAGACAUUGACCACGUGUUCUCAGAGGAGGAUUAUCGAACCCUCACCAACUACAAGGCCUUCAGCCAGUUUGUCAGACCCCUCAUUGCUGCAAAAAAUCCCAAGAUUGCUGUCUCCAAGAUGAUGAUGGUUUUGGGUGCAAAAUGGCGGGAGUUCAGUACCAACAAUCCCUUCAAAGGCAGUUCUGGGGCAUCAGUGGCAGCUGCGGCAGCAGCAGCGGUGGCUGUGGUGGAGAGCAUGGUGACAGCCACUGAGGUUGCACCACCGCCUCCCCCUGUGGAGGUGCCUAUCCGCAAGGCCAAGACCAAGGAGGGCAAAGGUCCCAAUGCUCGGAGGAAGCCCAAGGGCAGCCCUCGUGUACCCGAUGCCAAGAAGCCUAAACCCAAGAAAGUAGCUCCCCUGAAAAUCAAGCUGGGAGGUUUUGGUUCCAAGCGUAAGAGAUCCUCGAGUGAGGAUGAUGACUUAGAUGUGGAAUCUGACUUCGAUGAUGCCAGUAUCAAUAGCUAUUCUGUUUCUGAUGGUUCCACCAGCCGUAGUAGCCGCAGCCGCAAGAAACUCCGAACCACUAAAAAGAAAAAGAAAGGCGAGGAGGAGGUGACUGCUGUGGAUGGUUAUGAGACAGACCACCAGGACUAUUGCGAGGUGUGCCAGCAAGGCGGUGAGAUCAUCCUGUGUGAUACCUGUCCCCGAGCUUACCACAUGGUUUGCCUGGAUCCUGACAUGGAGAAGGCUCCUGAGGGCAAGUGGAGCUGCCCACACUGCGAGAAGGAAGGCAUCCAGUGGGAAGCUAAAGAGGACAAUUCGGAGGGUGAGGAGAUCCUGGAAGAGGUUGGGGGAGACCUCGAAGAGGAGGAUGACCACCAUAUGGAAUUCUGUCGGGUCUGCAAGGAUGGUGGGGAGCUGCUCUGCUGUGAUACCUGUCCUUCUUCCUACCAUAUCCACUGCCUGAAUCCCCCACUUCCAGAGAUCCCCAACGGUGAAUGGCUCUGUCCCCGUUGUACGUGUCCAGCUCUGAAGGGCAAAGUGCAGAAGAUCCUAAUCUGGAAGUGGGGUCAGCCACCAUCUCCCACACCAGUGCCUCGGCCUCCAGAUGCUGAUCCCAAUACGCCCUCCCCAAAGCCCUUGGAGGGGCGGCCAGAGCGGCAGUUCUUUGUGAAAUGGCAAGGCAUGUCUUACUGGCACUGCUCCUGGGUUUCUGAACUGCAGCUGGAGCUGCACUGUCAGGUGAUGUUCCGAAACUAUCAGCGGAAGAAUGAUAUGGAUGAGCCACCUUCUGGGGACUUUGGUGGUGAUGAAGAAAAAAGCCGAAAACGAAAAAACAAGGACCCUAAAUUUGCAGAGAUGGAGGAACGCUUCUAUCGCUAUGGGAUAAAACCUGAGUGGAUGAUGAUCCACCGAAUCCUCAACCACAGGUACCAGCUGGGCACAUGGGAGAUAGGCAGUCUCCAUGGGAGAUUCCCGCUGAAGGGAUUGGGAAAAUGGAUGUCACUGAAAAGGACUUUGGGCAGCUGCGUGACGUCUUUCUUCUUUAGGGAGUUAAUGAGGGGUGAGGAAGGCCGACCAGGCAAGAAGCUCAAGAAGGUGAAGCUUCGAAAGUUGGAGAGACCUCCAGAAACGCCAACAGUUGAUCCAACAGUGAAGUAUGAGCGACAGCCAGAGUACCUGGAUGCUACAGGUGGAACCCUGCACCCCUAUCAAAUGGAGGGUCUGAAUUGGUUGCGUUUCUCCUGGGCUCAGGGCACUGACACCAUCUUGGCUGAUGAGAUGGGCCUUGGGAAAACUGUACAGACAGCAGUCUUCCUCUAUUCCCUUUACAAGGAGGGUCAUUCCAAAGGCCCCUUCCUAGUGAGUGCCCCUCUUUCUACCAUCAUCAACUGGGAGCGGGAGUUUGAAAUGUGGGCUCCAGACAUGUAUGUUGUAACCUAUGUGGGUGACAAGGACAGCCGUGCCAUCAUCCGAGAGAAUGAGUUCUCCUUUGAAGACAAUGCUAUUCGUGGCGGCAAGAAGGCCUCCCGCAUGAAGAAAGAGGCAUCUGUGAAAUUCCAUGUGCUGCUGACAUCCUAUGAAUUGAUCACCAUUGACAUGGCUAUCUUGGGCUCUAUUGAUUGGGCCUGCCUCAUCGUGGAUGAAGCCCAUAGGCUGAAGAACAAUCAGUCUAAGUUCUUCCGGGUCUUGAAUGGUUACUCACUCCAGCACAAGUUGUUGCUGACUGGGACUCCAUUACAAAACAAUCUCGAAGAGUUGUUUCAUCUGCUCAACUUUCUCACCCCCGAGAGGUUCCACAAUUUGGAAGGUUUUUUGGAGGAGUUUGCUGACAUUGCCAAGGAGGACCAGAUAAAAAAACUACAUGACAUGCUGGGGCCGCACAUGUUGCGGCGGCUGAAAGCCGAUGUGUUCAAGAAUAUGCCCUCCAAGACAGAACUAAUUGUGCGUGUGGAGCUGAGCCCUAUGCAGAAGAAAUACUACAAGUACAUCCUCACUCGAAAUUUUGAAGCACUCAAUGCCCGAGGUGGUGGCAACCAGGUGUCUCUGCUAAAUGUGGUGAUGGAUCUUAAGAAGUGCUGCAACCAUCCAUACCUCUUCCCUGUGGCUGCAAUGGAAGCCCCUAAGAUGCCUAAUGGCAUGUAUGAUGGCAGUGCCCUAAUCAGAGCAUCUGGGAAAUUACUGCUGCUGCAGAAAAUGCUCAAGAACCUUAAAGAGGGUGGGCAUCGUGUACUCAUCUUUUCCCAGAUGACCAAGAUGCUAGACUUGCUAGAGGAUUUCUUGGAACAUGAAGGUUAUAAAUACGAACGCAUCGAUGGUGGAAUCACUGGGAACAUGCGGCAAGAGGCCAUUGACCGCUUCAAUGCACCAGGUGCUCAGCAGUUCUGCUUCUUGCUUUCCACUCGAGCUGGGGGCCUUGGAAUCAAUCUGGCCACUGCUGACACAGUUAUUAUCUAUGACUCUGACUGGAACCCCCAUAAUGACAUUCAGGCCUUUAGCAGAGCUCACCGGAUUGGGCAAAAUAAAAAGGUAAUGAUCUACCGGUUUGUGACCCGUGCGUCAGUUGAGGAGCGCAUCACGCAGGUGGCAAAGAAGAAAAUGAUGCUGACGCAUCUAGUGGUACGGCCUGGGCUGGGCUCCAAGACUGGAUCUAUGUCCAAACAGGAGCUUGAUGAUAUCCUCAAAUUUGGCACUGAGGAACUUUUCAAGGAUGAAGCCACUGAUGGAGGAGGAGACAACAAAGAGGGAGAAGAUAGCAGUGUUAUCCACUACGAUGAUAAGGCCAUUGAACGGCUGCUGGACCGUAACCAGGAUGAGACUGAAGACACAGAAUUGCAGGGCAUGAAUGAAUAUUUGAGCUCAUUCAAAGUGGCCCAGUAUGUGGUACGGGAAGAAGAAAUGGGGGAGGAAGAGGAGGUAGAACGGGAAAUCAUUAAACAGGAAGAAAGUGUGGAUCCUGACUACUGGGAGAAAUUGCUGCGGCACCAUUAUGAGCAGCAGCAAGAAGAUCUAGCCCGAAAUCUGGGUAAAGGAAAAAGAAUCCGUAAACAGGUCAACUACAAUGAUGGCUCCCAGGAGGACCGAGAUUGGCAGGACGACCAGUCCGACAACCAGUCCGAUUACUCAGUGGCUUCAGAGGAAGGUGAUGAAGACUUUGAUGAACGUUCAGAAGCUCCCCGUAGGCCCAGUCGUAAGGGCCUGCGGAAUGAUAAAGAUAAGCCAUUGCCUCCUCUGUUGGCCCGUGUCGGUGGGAAUAUUGAAGUACUUGGUUUUAAUGCUCGUCAGCGAAAAGCCUUUCUUAACGCAAUUAUGCGAUAUGGUAUGCCACCUCAGGAUGCUUUUACUACCCAGUGGCUUGUAAGAGAUCUGCGAGGCAAAUCAGAGAAAGAGUUCAAGGCAUAUGUCUCUCUCUUUAUGCGGCAUUUAUGUGAGCCGGGGGCAGAUGGGGCUGAGACCUUUGCUGAUGGUGUCCCUCGAGAAGGCCUGUCUCGCCAGCAUGUCCUUACUAGAAUUGGUGUUAUGUCUUUGAUUCGCAAGAAGGUUCAGGAGUUUGAACAUGUUAAUGGGCGCUGGAGCAUGCCUGAACUGGCUGAGGUAGAGGAAAACAAGAAAAUGUCCCAGCCAGGGUCACCCUCCCCAAAGACUCCUACACCCUCCACUCCAGGGGAUACGCAGCCCAACACUCCUGCACCUGCCCCACCUGCUGAAGAUGGGAUCAAAAUAGAGGAAAAUAGCCUCAAAGAAGAAGAGAGCAUAGAAGGAGAAAAGGAGGUUAAAUCUGUAGCCCCUGAGACUGCCAUUGAGUGUACACAGCCCCCUGCCCCUGCCUCAGAGGAUGAAAAGGUCGUUGCUGAACCCCCUGAGGGAGAGGAGAAAGUGGAAAAGGCAGAGGUGAAGGAGAGAACAGAGGAACCUAUGGAGACAGAGCCCAAAGGUGCUGCUGAUGUAGAGAAGGUGGAGGAAAAGUCAGCAAUAGAUCUGACCCCUAUUGUGGUAGAAGACAAAGAAGAGAAGAAAGAAGAAGAAGAGAAAAAAGAGGUGAUGCUUCAGAAUGGAGAGACCCCCAAGGACCUGAAUGAUGAGAAACAGAAGAAAAAUAUUAAACAGCGUUUCAUGUUCAACAUUGCAGAUGGUGGUUUUACUGAGUUGCACUCCCUUUGGCAGAAUGAAGAGCGGGCAGCCACAGUUACCAAGAAGACUUAUGAGAUCUGGCAUCGACGGCAUGACUACUGGCUGCUAGCCGGCAUCAUAAACCAUGGCUAUGCCCGGUGGCAAGACAUCCAGAAUGACCCACGCUAUGCCAUCCUCAAUGAGCCUUUCAAGGGUGAAAUGAACCGUGGCAAUUUCUUAGAGAUCAAGAAUAAAUUUCUAGCUCGAAGGUUUAAGCUCUUAGAACAAGCUCUGGUGAUUGAGGAACAGCUGCGCCGGGCUGCUUACUUGAACAUGUCAGAAGACCCUUCUCACCCUUCCAUGGCCCUCAACACCCGCUUUGCUGAGGUGGAGUGUUUGGCGGAAAGUCAUCAGCACCUGUCCAAGGAGUCAAUGGCAGGAAACAAGCCAGCCAAUGCAGUCCUGCACAAAGUUCUGAAACAGCUGGAAGAACUGCUGAGUGACAUGAAAGCCGAUGUGACUCGACUCCCAGCUACCAUUGCCCGAAUUCCCCCAGUUGCUGUGAGGUUACAGAUGUCAGAGCGUAACAUUCUCAGCCGUCUGGCAAACCGGGCACCCGAACCUACCCCACAGCAGGUAGCCCAGCAGCAGUGAAGAUGCAGACUGAUACCACCUCCACCGCUGAGCAGUGACCUUCCUCACUUUCUCUUGUCCCAGCUUCUCCCCGGGGGGCCUGAGAGACCCUCACCUUCCUUCUGCCCAUCUUCCAUGUUGUAAAGGAACAGCCCCAGCGCACUGGGGGAGGGGAGGGAGUGAGGGGCAGUGGUGCCCUUCCUGCAGGAGAGACAUGCAGCAGUAGCGCCGGCGCCAUCUGCAGGAGCUGGCGGGCUGGCCUUCUGGACCCUGGCUUCUCCCCACUGUAACGCCUGUUACACACAAACUGUUGUGGGUUCCUGCCAGGCUUGAAGAAAAUGAUCUGAAUUUUUUCCUCCUUUUGGUUUUAUUUUGUUGGUUUAUUUUGUGUUUUCUUUUCUCCUUUUUUGGGGGUAUUCAGAGUGGGCUGGGCCCCUGGGCGAGACACAGCUACCUCUGUUGGCAUCUUUUUAAUACCAGGAACCCAGCGGCUCUAGCCACUGAGCGGCUAAAUGAAAUAAAGUGGGAAAAAAAAAAAAAAAACCAAAAGCAUAAAAAACCACAGCAAAUUUCUUGAUGAAAAUUGAAAAUAAAAGUUUCCUUGUAUUUUA